CUGCACAUGAAUUGACUUAAUGCCAUCGCAACCUAAUAACUAAUCCCAAACAAUCAUCAUAAACCAACUACCGCACUAGCACUCUCAAUACGCAAAAGAACCUAUAACCAAUACCCUGUACCCACCCAUCCAACCCUCCCUCCGAAAUUGGUUCCUUCGCAAAAAAAGAGAGCUUCACAGCUAAGCUCCACAGCUAGCAGCUAGCAAAAGCACCACCACCAACCCCAAUUCUACAAAAAACCCCACAGACUCACACAAAUGAACCCCCCAAACACCAACCUCCGCGCCUUCAACCUGGCCGUGACGACCCUCCUCAAAAACCCCUCGCACAUGCUCCCGCACCUCACCAUUCCAACCAUCACCCAGCUCCCCGAACAACUCGGCCCCGCCAUCUCCGCCUCCCUAGCCAAGAGCACCAGCACCAGCACGCCCCUCGAAAAACCGCCGCCCCAAAUCCAAAUCCGCGCCCUCAUCCUCGACAAAGACAACACCCUCUGCCCAGCGCGCACGACGACCUUUCCCCCGGACAUCCUGGCCAAGCUGACGGCGCUGCGCACCUCGCCGACCUCGCCCUUCAACCAGACAACGGCGCCGGACUCGAUCCUGAUCGUCUCGAACCGCGCGGGGAGCCACCCGCGCUACGACGACGAGGUCCGGCGCCUGGAGGCGCAGCUGGCCGACCUCGCCAUCCCCGUGUUCCGGCUGCCGCCCGGGGGCGCGGUGGCCAAGAAGCCGUUCUGCGGCGCGGAGGUGCUGGCCUGGUUCCGGGAGCGCGGGGUCGUGGUGCGCGCGGAUGAGGUCGCGGUCGUGGGCGAUCGGUUGGGGACGGAUGUGCUGAUGGCGCGGGAGAUGGGAGCGUGGAGUGUGUGGUGUCGGGAUGGGAUCGAUGCAGGGGGACAGCGGGAGGGGGCGAAUGUGUUGGAGCGCAUGGAGAUGUGGGUGGAGCGGUAUCUUCGGGUCAACCGGGGGUUGAAGGCGCCCGUGCCCAAGGGGUUUGCUCAAUGAGUUCCUGGGUUUUCGUGGAAAAGGAAUCCUGGAAUGGGAGACUGGAUUUUGUGUGCUGUAUUAUAUUUGAGAUAGAUGAGUUUGCUGCGUUCACUAGGUGUAAACUUGGAUACGGUGGACUUCGAUACCCAGCAUAAUAGCCUUUGGAUUGG